ACUGCAAACUGAAACACACCGCAACGACUUUAUCUUGUAGGCCAUUGCAUCUGAGUCAGCUAGAUUAGGUCUUGCUGCCAAUUGCCGAUAUAUUUCUUUAUAUCACUUUGACAUUACCGACAAUGUCAGUUGAAUCCUGUGAUGACAUCAUUCCUGAAGGGCAAGAUAAUUUGGUAGAAGAUAGACAUGCUGGGUACGAAACCAUUGACGAACUCAAAUGUGCUCCUGGCACAGACAACAACGACCCUGGAUCUGUUGAGUACCACUACAUUGACGACACCAACCCAACCUCUGAUCAUCAAGCCAUUGAAGAAAACCAGUCGGAAGCCAACGACUAUGAAGACAUUGCUGGAACUAAUCCAGCCUAUGAUUACAUUCAAGCAAUAAACGAGCCACUUACGCUAACAUCUAAGUGUAUGAAGGAUGUUGUUUUUCUCGUACCCACAUUCGCCAGUGUGACACUGAGUAUCAUAGCUGGGUUCCUCACGUCCUUAAUGUUCCAUACUCUGGUCUUACCAAGAAAAAUAUCCUUGGAAGAUGGAAGGAUCACUGCUGAAGCAGGAACCACAUUUAUUGUGUUUUCUUCACUAGCAGCUGCUUCCUGUGGGCCGCUCGUGAUCAGAUUUGGCUUCCGGAAGGUUGCUCUAGCCGGAAGUGUUCUGCUCAUCUGUAUCUCUCUCUCGUCGUCAGUGACAACCACAGCCGAUAACCUAUCUAUAUUAUUCGGCAUCAUGGGAGGACUUGCUGUGGGUCAUCUCCGGACUCUGGGUGUUGUGGCUAUCGUCGACCACCUCUUCACUCACCAAACCCUAGCCCUUAUUGUCAGCCAUACUGGCUUCACCAUGGGGAACGUUUGGAGUAUUUUCGGACUUAAAAAAUAUGACUGGCACAUCGACAGGAGAGUGUUUGGGAUGAUUGCUGUAAUGGGACUGAUCGCCGGUUGUUGUCUUCAGAGGACCUCCCAGGCACAGGAAAAUGUGACCAUGCUGUUCAAACACCCACUGUUUUAUUUCCUCAUCUCGAUCACACUUGCCGCAUCUGUGGGGUUGUCAAUCCUUCAGGCAGAAAUCAUCAUCUUCGAUUAUUUUGUCUCUAUCUACGUCAGUCAGAUUCUUGUGCUGGUAGUCCUGUCUAUCAUCUGGAUCUUCCAGAAGAAGAAGCUGAAAGAGUCAUAUCUUUUCUCGAUGGGUAUAUCGGUCGUAGCUCUCGGUAUAGUUGCCAUGGUCCACCAGGAUGUCUUUUACAGUCGUGCAUCUGUAAUGGCCUCUUCCUCGUUGCUUGGAGCAGUCAUAGCGUUCACUAAAGUCAUGUUGCCGUUAGCGUUGGUGAACACUACAGGCAGAAAAACCCUGAAACUGUCUCUCCCUCUGCUGGUCUGUCUUGAUGAGAUGGGACGAGUUAUCGGCGGCUCCAUCCAGGCAAGUACUUCAUCCUCCCCAGUAAAUGCUGCCCUGUAUUGUGCUGGCGUGUCCCUGAUCAUUGCCGGAGUUGGGGCCAUCACUGCAGCCGCGGUGAUAAAACGCUGGCCUUCUCUCAGUGAUCAGGCAGAGGCAGAGGACCCUGUCCAGGACCAAGUACAGGAGACAGAGAACCAUGUGGAGGACCGUGUACAAGAGGAAGAGGACCGUGUCGAGGACUGUGCACAAGAGGCAGAGGACCGUGUCGGGGACUGUGCACAAGACGCAGAGGACCAUGUCGAGGACCGUGCACUAGAGACAGAGGACCGUGCACAAGACGCAGAGGAUCGUGUUAGGGACCGUGCACUAGAGACAGAGGACCGUGCACAAGAGGCAGAGAACCGUGUCGGGGACCGUGCACUAGAGAUAGAGGACCGUGCACAAGAGGCAGAGGACCAUGGCGGGGACCGUGCACUAGAGACAGAGGACCGUGUCGAGGACCGUGCACAAGAGGCAGAGGGACAUGUCAUGUUCAGUGUGGACGAAGCAGAGACGCCCCUAUAAAAGUAAACCAGUCUUUCUCGGGUAGAUUGUUAAACGACAGAAAUGAUUUAUAACAGCGUGUCAUUAUAACAGUAUCGGAGAUAAGAAAUUGGAACAGGUAACCUUGAAAAAUGUAAUGCGAUAAUUUCUCCUAACGUUCAUUCGCCUGUAAUAUUUUCUAUUUGGGGGUUAAUGGCUAUGGUUGUACCUAACUUUGAGAGAUUGCUCAGUAGUGUCUGAAAUGGGUUUGAACUGUAAACACAAUAAAUAUCUGGACCUUUUGUAGUACAUCCCUAGAGUAUUCUAGAUUUUCUAAUGUUGUGUAAUAAUGUACAUGUAGUCGAAAGCCGUCACAGCAUUUUGUACUGAUAAACCACCUUGAAUAACUCAACCAACGUCCCUUUGAACCACUUGCUCUCGAAGAGUGAGUGAGUGAGUAUGGAUUAACGCCGCUUUUAGUAAUAUUCCAGCAAUAUCACGUCGGGGGACACCAGAAAUGUGCUUCACACAUUGUACCCAUGUGGGGAAUCGAACCCGGGUCCUCGGCGUGACGAGCCAACGCUUUAACUACAAGGCUAUCCCCACCGCCCCUGCUCUCGAAGAAAUCCUUUUGACACAUACUAGUGGGAACUCCGUAAUGGCCUUGUACGGUAGACCUUUCUGUAUUUGAUACGUCAUCCUGAAUAAAACAUCUUUCCUUUUUAACCCAUAAUUA